UUGGGCCUGUCGAAGCAGGGCUCCACAAAUAAUACAAGCCCACUUUGAAGCAUCAAUAAAAACCCAAGUUUCAGUGAUUUCUCAAACCCUAGAACGCUUUCCCUCUUAGCGCAGCGAACAACAGCCAUUCAUCUGCUUGCAAACGUGCGGUGAAAGAUGUCGACCGGAGAAAUUGCUUGCUCCUACGCUGCCCUCAUCCUCUACGAUGAUAAUAUCCCCAUUACCGCAGAAAAGAUUGCCACGAUUGUAAAGGCAGCUAAUGUGCCAGAUGUGGAAUCUUACUGGUUCGGUCUUUUUGCUAAGCUGGCUGAGAAGCGUAACAUUGGAGAUUUGAUCCUCAAUGUUGGGGCUGGUGGUGGUGCCGCAGUGGCUGCUGCUGUCCCUGCUAGUGGAGUUGCUGGUGGCGCUGCUGCUGCAGCUGCUCCUCCACCGGAAGAGAAAAAGGAAGAACCUAAGGAAGAGAGUGACGACGAUAUGGGAUUCAGUUUGUUUGAUUAGGUCGGUUUAUGGCUUCGCUUAUUUUGUUUGAGGUUGAUUAUCUUUUAGAUGCCCGAGGGGGGCUCCUGUUAUUUUACAGAUAUGUAAUUUUGGACAUCCGUAACAAAUUUGCCAGAAGUUUUGAUUUGAAUAUGAUUUGAUUUCAUCUUUGCGGUUGA